UCUCAGGGUAGGGAUAAGAAAAACCGACACUCGUAAAUAUUAAUAGAUACAGAUAAGUCUCAGGGAGAUAUUGGUUGCUGAUUUCUCAAAGAUAAGGUGGUGAAUACCCGGUAUUAUUUUUUGGCUACGAUGGUAGGCGCACUCUGAUUGGAUAAGCGGGCGAGAAUCCUACGAUAUUGCCCGCGGGCAGUUUCGGAAAUUUUCCCGCCGCGGUCUCUUUUUACAAGCUAAAUCGACCAAAAAAAAUAACGGAUCUUAGGAGUUUAAUUAUCGUGGCGGCUUACAUAUUCUAAAGUCCUCCCGCGCAAUGGGAUGGCGUACUCAAAGAUGCGCUUUCAGCAGCGAAAGUUAGAGACCUUGAGAGUGCUCGUUUACAAUGCCGCUCGUAUGCAACGAAGUUUACUCGUAAGUAGGCAAAAGAAAGUCUCCACUUUGCUAUUACAAUUUUGAUGUGCUACAUCUCAACUAAUUCAAGAAAGUGUAGAGUCCUAUUAUUUACAACACGGAUUAUCAUAACAAAAUAGCUUUCUUGUGGCUUCCUUUCGGAAUCGAACAGAUUCUUGUAAAUGGUAACAAGGCGGCUUCGUGUCACCGCCCAACAAUAAGACCACCUGUGAAAACGCGAACUACAUUCACACAUCCGCGCGAAAAAAAAAUCACAACAGGGCUGUCCGAACCGUCAUAGAUGUACUACAAAACUACAAAUAACUGAACUUCGUCACAAAUGCUUCUAGCUGAGUGGUUUAGUAAAAAUGGUGCCUUAUAAGCACUUGUGGGUCUUAGUGGUGAUACUGUGCUGUGAUUUGCUGAGUCAAGCGAAGGCACUGGCGAUAAGAGUCAAAAGGUUCGACAACACAGGACCGGUAAGCUGUGUCAACCUCAACUUUAUCAAUAAACUCGACAAACCGUUCAGGCUCUGGAAAACAGUAUCCGAACAAGAGUUUAAAGGGUUCAUUGUAAAAGGCAAGUCCCUUGAACUCAAAACCUUAGUCAGCAAGCGCAUGCGCGGAAAGCCUGUGAAAUACAGCGCUGUUCCACUUGAUGACAGCUCGCGGGCUCAGCUGCUGCUAAAUGGCGAAGAUUCCUUGGCCGUUCUGCCAUUCGAUUGUGCAGACAACUUCGUCAACGUAGAAGUUACAUACAAAUCAGGAACGGGAAAAUAUGACAACAGCUAUAUGGGUUGUCUAGAGACAGUUGGAGGAAACUCAAAGGGCAAGUGCUGUAGCUUUCCGUUCAUCUACAAGGACACCUUAUACAACCACUGCACCAUGAAAGACAGCCCGGCCCUGUGGUGCGCGACACGGCUGAGCUACGACACGCAUAAAGAAUGGGGUUUUUGUAAAUAGGACACAUAAGAACUAAGUAAUAACAGGUUGGGCUGUGACAAGCAUGAACAGAUAAAGAAUGGGAAUUCGGUAAAUUGGGACAGAAACGCAAAACAAAUAAUAAAAUACGUGAAACUCCAAAAUGUUCGGUAAAAUUUAAUCCAUCACGAUCAAAAACCCCCCAAAACAUUAAAUAUCAAAGCUGGA